AUGCUAAGUCAUAAAGAAAAAAUCUAUAUGACUAUCAUAACUGGUGAAUUUCUAUUGGGCUUUCUUGUAAAUGGAUUCAUAGCUCUGGUGAAUUGCAUCAACUGGGUUAAGAGCAAGAAACUUUCAUCAAGUGAUCUCAUCCUGAUCAGCUUGGCCUUUUCCAGAAUUGGAUUGGUGUGUGCGAUAAUAUGGAACAGCUAUUCAGUUGUACACUCUAUUGAUAUAUUCAUCACAGAUUAUCUAAAAAUAAUUCAUAUUUUUUUGAUAUUUAGUCACAAUUCAAAUAUUUGGUUUGCCACUGUUCUCAGCAUCUUCUACUUUCUGAAGAUUACCAAUUUCACCAAUUCCUUCUUCCUCUGGAUAAAAAGUAGGAUUGACAGAAUGAUCUUCAUUCUUCUUUGGGGGCCUUUGAUUCCCUCUUUUUCUAUUAGUUUUCCAAUAAUGGAGAGAAUGCAUUAUCAUCAGAACAAUGCAAUUAAUAGGGGAAAGGAGAGAAAUAUGUCCCAGGAGGUCCAAGUGAGUAAAAGUAACUUUUUCAUGCUACAGAUUCUCUUAAGCCUUCUGAGUCUUAUUCCUUUUACAAUCUCUGUGAUUUCAUUCUCCCUACUCAUUCUUUCCCUGUGGAGACAUACCCGACAGAUGCAACUCCAUGCUACUGGUUCCAGAGACCCUAGCACAGAAGCCCAUAUUAGAGCCAUGAAAGCUGUGGUUUCCUUCCUUAUCUUCAUUUUAUUGUACUACCUAGGUUUCUUUUACAUCUACAUGAUCAGCUCACAGGAAAAGAAUAAUAUUACUUUCAUGAUAAGGUCCUUUACUGUCGUCUUGAUUAACAUCUGGAUGGUGGACUCAGUUCUGGAGGAGAAAGUGAGAUUGGUGCUCACCCAAACUCAAAUUUAA